AUGAAUUCAGCUGAAAUCACUGAUGAUGAUGAAGUAAAAAUUCCUAAAAAAAAUGUGAAAGUAGAAACAGAAAAUGACGAUGAAGCUCUAGACUGCUCAGUAACUUCCAGAUCUGCUGAGAAACACUCACUGGAUGGCGCAGUGACUUGCCUACAGGAUUCCAGCAAACGGAAACAGACGUCCCUUGGCUGUGAUGGGUCAGGAGGCCAGCAGGAUGCCUUACCCAGCGUGAAGAAGAGACGCUUUGCGCAAGAGGGCUCCCUUUCAAACAUGAAGAACAGAGAUGCUGGCUCUCCCACUCAGGUAAACGCAGAGCAGCCAAACAAGAACAAGAAUUCUAAUGUAACAUGGCUCUGUGAAGAAGAAUCCUUCAGUGACAUAAUCACUCCAUCUUACAAAAAGCCUCUCUAUGGCAUCUCACACAAAAUCACAGAGAAGAAGAACCCACCAGGAGCAGAGCAAUUUGCUUCUUUUGACUUGUUUGAAAAAAUCAACCCCAGCAGUCCCUCGCAAAUUCGGACUUUGAAUGAUCAGCGCAAAAGAGACCCAGCCACAGCCAUUGGAGUAGCAUCAGCCACAGCAGACUCAGAGUCAAAUAUAUAUUCGUUGAUACAGAAAAUGUUUUACACGCUGAACACCCUUAAUACCAAUAUGACUCAGCUUCACAGUAAAGUUGACCUGUUGUCUCUGGAGGUUAGCAGAAUUAAAAAGCAGGUCAGUCCAGCAGAGCAUGUUGCUGACUUCAAGCCUCCCCCAGAGUACCAGCUGACUUCUACGGAACUCAAACAAAUCAUGGAUCAAAGCACAUCAGGCGGAGACCUGGCUUGCCGCUUGCUCGUGCAGCUCUUCCCGGAGCUCUUCAGUGAUGAUGAGUUCAGCAGGAGCUGCAGUGCAUGUGGCUUUCUCAACAAGAGGAAACUUGAAUCUCUUCAUCUGCAGCUUAUUCGUAACUAUGUGGAAGUUUGUUAUCCUUCUGUGAAGAAUACAGCUGUAUGGCAGUUGGAGUGUUUGCCUCAAGUCAAUGAUUUUUUCAAUAGAUUUUGGGCUCAAAGGGAAAUGGAAAACAGUCAGCAGAGUGUGCAGUCAUCUAGUUUUUAUGAGACUGAGCAGGUAGAAUCCUCUCAUUUCAUGGAGGAUAAAGAACAGGAAGAAGCUUUGUCCUUGGACAGGAGUAAUGUCAUUGCCUCAGAUUACAUGCUGGAUGCUCAGGAUCUCAAUGAAUUUUUAGAUGAAGCUUCUUCACCAGGAGAGUUUUCUGUUUUUUUGUUACACAGACUGUUUCCAGAACUCUUUGACCACAGAAAAUUAGCUGAAAGGUACAGCUGCUUUGGAGACUCUGGAAAACAACUGCUGGAUCCUCAUCGGCUUCAAAUAAUCCGUAGGUACACUGAAAUUUACUUUCCAGAUGUGCAAGAAGAAGAAGCCUGGUUGCAGCAGUGUGUUCAGCGAAUAAAUGAUGAGCUUGAAAGUACGUAUAUGGAUGGAAGUGAAUGUGACCAGAUGAGAGAUGACUGUUACGAUUCUUCUAGUUUACCAGAUGAUGUAUCAAUCAUAAAAGUGGAAGACAGUUUUGAAUAUGAAAAGCCUGGCAGACGGUCAAAAAAAAUUUGGCUUGUACCCAUAGAUUUUGACAAACUUGACUUUCCCCCUCCUGAUUUUGAUGUGCCUGUUCCGGAUUACCUGUUGAACAAAGAACAGAUUAAAAGCAUAUAUGAAAGCAGUCUUUCCAUAGGCAACUUCGCAUCUCGAUUGCUUGUCCUCUUAUUUCCUGAGCUAUUUACUCAUGAAAACUUACGGAAGCAAUACAACUGUAGCGGAUCUUUAGGCAAGAAACAGCUCGACCCCACUAGAAUUAAAUUAAUUCGACAUUAUGUGCAGAUACUGUACCCCAGAGCAAAGAAUGACAGAGUGUGGACAUUAGAGUUUGUUGGGAAGCUUGACGAGAGGUGUCGACGAAGAGACACGGAGCAAAGGCGCUCGUACCAACAGCAACGGAAAAUCCACGUGCCAGGGCCUGACAGGAGGGAAUUUCUCACCUAUGCAAUAAACCCUGAGAGAUUUCGGGAAGAAUUUGAAGGGCCGCCACUGCCACCAGAAAGAAGUAGCAAGGAUUUUUGCAAGAUACCACUCGAUGAACUUGUUGUUCCUAAUCCAGACUUCCCUGUGCCUUCUCUGUAUUUGCUGUCUGAUAAGGAGAUAAGAGAGAUAGUGCAGCAGAGCCUGUCGGUUGGCAACUUUGCUGCCAGGCUUCUCGUAAGACUCUUUCCUGAACUCUUUACUCCGGAGAAUCUGAGACUGCAGUACAACCAUUCAGGUGCUUGUAAUAAGAAACAGCUUGAUCCCAUCAGACUCAGACUGAUCCGUCAUUAUGUGGAGGCAGUUUAUCCUGUGGAGAAGAUGGAAGAAGUGUGGCAUUAUGAAUGUAUACCGAGCAUCGAUGAAAGGUGCCGGCGUCCUAACAGGAAAAAGUGUGAUAUACUGAAAAAAGCUAAGAAAGCAAAAAAAGUGACAGGCUCUUUAAACUGCUAA